AGGAGCUUCUGGGUAAAUAUCAAUUAAUGCUUCAAUUUCAAAAUUUGUUAUUUACUUUCUCUUUAUAAUGUUCUUUUUUCUAGUAAACCUUUGUUAAUAUUUUUUAGUGUGGUCUCACAAGCCCACCAGCACGCCUCCCCUUCGCUUGUUCAAAGUCCAUAACCACCACCUCGUCAUCCACGGUGGCGCCACUAAUCAACAACAAAGCACCACUAUCAAUCACACCACCUCCUUGAAACAGAACAUUUUUAGUUUUUAAACUAUUUUUUACAUUUUUUUAGUUUUACUGGAGUUAAUGCAUUAAAUUUGUCUAUAUUGCAAUUCUCUGGAAGGUUUUUCAGUAUACAGUACUUUCAGUAUUAACAGCCGAACUCUGGAAAUCUCUCUGUUGUUUGGAAUGAAGAACAAAAUUGUUGAGAAUUUUUUGGAUGUUUGAUGUUAGUCUUUUUCUGAAAAUAGAAACUGAGGGUACCAUCUCUCCUGCGACACAGUGAUGAGUAGUUUAUUCAAGGGUUCGCCAUAUAAACGACGGCAUGACUUGGAGGCCGGGACCAGUCGCUCGCCGUAUUCCGAUGCCCAGGACGAUGGGAGGUCAUCGAGUCCGUUCUGCAUCGCCAGGACUAAGAAUGCUUCCAUUGAACGCCUCCGCCGCUGGAGAGUAAUAUUGCCCUAACCUCAUCUCUUAUGUUCUGCUGAAAUAGUCUGAUUAUGCCUUUGAUUUUUUAUGCUCGAAGUCCUUCAUGCCUUAAAAGACGACGAUGUGAUUUAUUUCUCGCUUGGCAUUUACGUUUUGCGAAUGUGUUUUGAUGUUUGUAGAUUUUUCUCUAUAUUUCAUUUGUACUAUCGAUCUGCAAAUUUAUUGCAGGUUUUUUUUUUGGUACUUGACAUUAAAUAUGUUUGGUAGAUUAGUUGUGCUUCUCCUGAGUAAGUGAUUGUAGGAGUCAUUGAAUGAUUUGGCUUACUGAAAUUUUGUCUUCUAUAGCAAGCAGCGUUGGUGCUUGAUGCGUGUCGUCGGUUCAGAUACACAUUGGAUUUGAAAAAGGAAGAAGAGAAGAGAGAGCUGAUAAGUAAGAUUAGAGCUCAUGCACAGGCCGUAGGGGCCGCAUAUCUGUUCACACAAGCUGGAAAUCAAGCAAAUGGUACUUACAGUUCCUAAUUCAUAAUAAUUAGCAUGGAUUGUUUAAUAGAACAGUGUUUGUUUAAUUUGUUUUCGUUUCUUUGUUUUUUUGAGGUUAAUGGGUUAUCUGGUAUGCUAAAGACAAAUUUAGAUAAAGGGGUUAAUGGAGACGAUGCUGAUUUGCUAAGUCAGAGGAAUUUAUUUGGCUCAAAUACUUAUCCUUAGAAAAAAGAGGUUUGUUUGCCAAGACCUUACUCUGGUUAUUUUGAUGGUAGCUGCAAUGGCUUCCUUGGCCCUGGGUAUAAAGACAGAGAUUAGCUUUGGCGGGACACAAUUACCUGCAUGCUCUUUUACAAGUUAUUUGUUCCAGAUGGACAUUGUUCAUGUAUUUAUCUAUUUAUUUAUCUAUUUUUGGAUUUCAAACAAUGCUUGUCUUGUCUUACAUAACUCAAUAUAUGAGGUAGUCAGAA